AUGACAAGCCAACAGGUGAUACAAACCAUCAUACAACAACACAAGAUACCAAGGCAAUGCAUUCCGUUGCUUGCAGUAUUUAUUAUAGCAAAGACACCUACUAUUCUGCUGGCAGGAUUCGUAUUAGGCUAUUUCAUGCUAUUUAAACAGGACACUGAGCAAAGGACGCCCAAGCUGAUAGAAGCACCACCUCAGCAGCAGCCUACACCUCGUGCCUCUUCUUUAGAUUACGAUAAUGAACCACACUAUGCAUCCAUUAACCAUGCUGUGCUCACACACGAACAAGAUCAGCAAGAUGAUGUUUCCAAUGCCUCUAUUGAUUUUGAAAAUCUCUUGAAAUUCCCUUCUUGUCCAACUACAUUACCAAGGUUAGACACCCAUUUUAAUUUCGUCAGUGAUGAUUAUCACCAGUUGCAGCAGAACAAUUCCGUCGAUUGGUCUGCUAUACACCAAGAGCUUGAAUAUGACCAACAAAGAAAUGCUAAGCCCCCUACAGCGACCAUGGAAAGAGAACCACAGCACCCUUUAUACAUAUCUCCAUCACAAAAUGACUUGCUCACAUUCUCCUCUGCAUCUUCGUCCUCUUGCUCUGAUGCUGAUGUCUCUUCUUUGCUGUCAUUAGAGUCUACUCGCAUGCUGAAACAGACAACAGUGACAAGCCCCAAGACCCCUUUACCGCUCAAUGACAAUAGUACAGCAGCUAUUUUGCUAGUGGAUCAACCCCAAGACCAUCUUACACUGCUGUCACCACCACCAUCAUCAUCAGCAGAGAUGUCGACUACAUCUUUUACGAGCCAUAUCAACAACAUGGCAUUACUGGAUGAUAUAGUAUUACUGCCAGCACCAACACCACUACCAAAACCCUCGUUAUCAAGUCCAGGACAAUUAUUCAAAAGCAAGUUUCAAAAGGCUGUCAACAAGAUGAAGAAAGCGAAUUCCAACAGUAGUGAUCAGAGCAGCAACAGUAAUAGUAGAAGAUCAAGUACCAUUAGUCAAGAUAGCUUCGCUACCAACAGAAAAACAAGUUCGCUACAGAUACAGGCCUACUUUCCUCCUCAGCAACAACCCCAUGGGUCACCAAGGCCAUCCGCCUCUGCACGUUUAAAUGAGCACUUAAAGGGUCGAUUUCAUAAACUAUUCAAGAAAUAA